AUGGUGAAUAACGCCGGCAUCAAUGUGGAGGCCAUGCAACCAGUUACGAUCCAUGAAAUUUCCGAAGAUCUGUUUGACCAGACCUUUGCUAUCAACACCAAAGGUGUUUUCCUGGGUAUGAAAUAUGCGACAGCUCAAAUGAUGGAAGCAGGCUCCCCACCCCACUGGAGACCUGAGCUUGAUUCUGCAUAUUGUGCAUUCAAGGCUGUUGUGCUGGGACUGACACGAAACGUCACGCUUGAUUAUGCAAAACAUCGCAUUCACUGCGAUGCGAUCGCGCUUGGAUUUACCAAGACACCCAUGUUUAGCGCUGCGGCUCGACUCGUCUCCCCUGAAUACCUGGGAAUGGUGGAUGCGCUUCUUCCACUCAGGGGAAUGAAUGGGCGAACCAAAAGACAUUGCCCGUGUGGCCCUGUUCCUCGCCAGUGA